CAUCGCGAAAGACGGUGGAAGCCGAAACUCUGUCGAAACGGUACGGUUCAGUCACAGUUUCGAAGCGGCGCCGAGCGAGUGACGGUUCACUCGGUCGCCUCUCCGUCCGCCUCUUCUUUACCUUCUCCUUCUUCCUCCUCUUUUUCUUGUUUUCGCGUCUUCUCGCGCCUUUCGUCUAUAAUUAAACCGUGGAAAGAAACGUUUCCUUUCGUCCGCCUUGUUCUCGCCGCGAGCAAAAUGAAGCGGCGCACCGAAUUCUUCUUCUCGAGUCGACGAACCAGUCAGUACGAGAUUCUAUAAUUAACGGGACACUCGUGGCCACGCUUCGACCAGCCGAAACGACCCCGUUGCUCCUCGGGGAACAUGCCUCCCGAGGAUCUCGCGUACACCGCGGCGUGAACUCGUCCCGAUCGGAAGCGGAUAAACGGAGGAUCGACACUGGAACAAGGAUGGGUCGUUGAUCGCGCCGACGGCGAACCUUGACCGUGAGUCGGUCCGUUCCGACACGCGAAGACCGACCCAUUAACCGGCUCUAUUUUCGUCUUGGCCUACGUCGCGCACAGUGCAACAGUGAAUCGGCCGGAAAAGGUUUUCCUCCCGUAACGACUCGUGCGACGAAGCUGUAACGAGACUAGCCUGGUUCCAUCGCGGUGCUCGACCCAAUUACCCUCGAAUUUUGUGUUCGCGCAAAGAGAGCCUGGCUUCGUGCUCCGCUGGAAUCGAAGAGGAAGAACGAGUAUAUAAAAGUGGGUACCCUCUUGUACGAGUGCAUUCGCGUUCGAGGAUCGGCUGUGUUCGAGCGUUCGUUCGUCAUGAUCGAGUAGCAGCGAGAUAAGAGGGAGAGAGAUCGCGGAGGAACGCUUUUAAACCGAUGAGAUGACAGUGCUGUGCGUGCUGUGGGCGACUCUGUCCACCGUGGCAUCGAUCCUCGCCUGUUCCGGAUUUUACCUGCCUUAUUGGAUUCAGGGACGACUUUUGGGAAAAGCGGACGCGUACUUUAGUUCCUUUCGACGUUGCAACUAUCCACGGAUAAGGGCGCCGAACGCCGCUCCCGAAAUAGUGUACGAGUGCGCCAGGUAUUCCAGCUUUUGGGACAUACCGAGUGGCUGGUGGCAGGCGAGCACCGUCACCAUGGGAAUCGGCGUCGCGAUCGCCGUGAUCGGGGCUUUAACUUUGCUCGCGGCUGCGUCGAGCUUUCUGCCACACAUACUCAAAACACCCAAACACACGAGAGUUUUGGGUGCCUUGCAACUGCUCGCUGCAGUGAUGAUAUGCGGCGGUCUGGUGAUGUAUCCCAUAGGAUGGGACAACCGGGAGGUACGGGAGUCCUGUGGGAAGGGUGCUAAUGUAUACAAUCUCGGAAAGUGUUCCGUGUCGUGGUCAAGCCACCUGCUGGUAGGCUCGGUGGCGCUGUUAAUGUUGUGCUUCGGAUUGAGCUUCUGCGCGGCACGACACAAGCCGUCCAACCCACACACCGACCCCCUGCGCAUUUGACAAUCGAGAUAUUCCCAAUCGAU